UCACUGGGAUCUCUGGGUAGGUGAAAGAGUAGAGACCAUUUAUCCUCUGAGGAUUUUAAAAGGACAGAGGCCAACAGCAAAGCACAGACUCAAGCUCCUGAUUGUAAAGGAAAGAGAAUACCAGGAAAUAAAGGAGAAAAAUAGUGAAAGAGAAGCCUCAACGUUAAAGGACGAGCUCACCAAGCUGAAGGCUUUUGCACUGCUGGUCGUGAAGGAGCAACACUGUCUGAGCAAACUGCUGGAGGAACAGAGGCGUCGUGUCAAAGAACUGACCGCCAUCACUGACCACAUCAAGCGGGAGGUCAGUGUUUCUUACCCCAGUAAGGCAGAGCUGAAAUCCCUGCAUCUGGAGGUGGAGCACCAUAGCCAAGUUUCCAUUUUCAACCAAAGCCAGAGCACGAUGACAGCCCCAAGUCUGCUGUCAGAGGUUGAGAUACUGAGGAGAAGGGUCGUGGAAAUGGAGGGAAAGGACGAGGAGCUGAUACGCAUGUGGGACCAGUGUCGAGAACUGGACCGCAGACUAGCGAGGGAGUGUAGCCACUGCCGUAGCUUAAAAAUUGAGGUGGAUAAACUCAAUGGUAGAAUCAGUGAAUUGGACAGGCUAGAGGAGGCUUUAGGUAAGAGUAAACAGGAUUGCAGUAAUCUGAAGGGCAGCUUGGAACAAGAGAGAGAGGUUAGCAGGAUGCUUUCUGAUGAGCUCCACACAUUGAAAGGUAGGGUGAGAGAGCUAGAGGCUGUUGAAGGCCAACUGGAAAAGAGUGAAGGAGUGAUUAAACAGGACUUGGCCAAGCUCAGGUCCCUGACUGUAGCUCUGGUGGAGGACAGAAAGACCACAGCGGAGAGGCUGCGACAGGCUGAAGAAAAACUCAACAGGAAGGAGGGCAAAAGAAAUGAGCAGAGCAAUUUGGCAACAAUGACAGAAAGACUGAGAGAGGAGAGGCAGCAGGCACUGAGGUCUAAGGCAGAUUUAGAGGAACGGAUUAAGGGUAUAGAAAAGCAAAAAGAUGAGCUCCAAGGCAGACUUAAAACAGAAGAGGAGAGGAACAGAGAGCUACAGAGUAAAGUAACCAUAAUGAAGAAGAUGUUACAGGUCUCGGAAAACAUGAAAGAAAGACACAGCUCUAUUCCAAACAACACUAACCAUUGCUGCCAAACAGAGGACAACAAAGUCAAAGAACUUACCCAGGAACUAGAUAGGUUGCGAAAGAGACUAGGGGACAAGGAGGUGUUGGAGGAAGAACUGAUGAAGGUGGAAGAGGACUUUGAGUCCCUACAAAAGAGGUUCAGGGAGGAACGAAAGAGGUCCCUGGCUCUAACAGAGGAGCUGGAAAUGGCAAAGAGGGAGCUUUCCAGGUAUGAGCAUGCAGAAAAGCAGGAGGUCAACCAGGAACACCUUCUCCUUUGCCGUCUUCAGAAAGAGCAGGUUAAGUCCAGACUAUUAGGCAGAGAGGUGGAUAGCUUGAAAGAGAAACUCCAGAAGCUGAUGGGAACCGAAGAGUCCAUCAGCAGAGUUCAGACAGAUCACUCCACGCUGCAGAGAAAACUGACCCAGCAGGAAGCCAGGAACAGAGAGCUGGCCGAAGAGAUGAAGGAACUGUGUAGUGAGCUUGACAGGUAUAGAAAAAUCAAGAAUCUUACACCUGGUGCAAACAGACAACAGUUUUCAGACCCUCAUCAGACAACCAAAGAGGUUCAAACUGAGCCAGCAGACAGCUUGCCUCCUGACUACAGUGAGCACAGCAAGAAACUAGCUGAAGAAAAUGAGGACCCAAACCACAAUGCAGAAGUCAUAAACAGAAGAAGCUCCCUAGUCAACAACCUUAACAGCCUGAACAGUGCGAAUAACAACAUAACCCAGUAUAGCAGUCAUUCACCCAAUGGCAUAGAUAUGCACCAAGCAGUAAAUGGAGAGGUGAUGAUGUUAACACACACACCCGGGCAGCCCUUGCACAUCAAAGUAACGCCACAUCAUGUACUCAACACAGCCACACUUGAAAUUAGCAGCCCCACGGGAGACACUGCUACAUCCUACACCAGCACAGCUGUCAUUCCAACAAGCGGCGCCUCACCUAAGCAGAGAAUAACCAUCAUCCAGAACUCAGCUCUGUCUGCAGUUAAUACCAAAACCCCACCUUCAAGCCCUGAACGCACAGUCUCCCCACUUAACGGAAUACCCAUCUCUCGGGUGUUAAGUCCAAAUUCAUCACGCUCUGUGACGCCCGACCACAACAACUCCCCCAUUCAGAUCCUAACAGUCAGGACCUGUUCUCCAGAGGCCACAGAGGUUGCAAAUCCGACUGUCUUCUGCAAGACUCUGGAGCGGCGGAGCAGCUGGCAAGAUCAGAAGUCCAACAGCACUGACACGAAUCCCGGUAUCGUCACCACAGAGGACAGCAAGAUCCAUAUCCACCUGGGGAACCCAUAUAUCCAGCCUCUGAGCAGUAUGACCCACAGCAUCCAGCAGCCUGUUGGGCCAUAUUAUCUCCGACAUGAGCAACGGACUCAAGUGCUCGCCAAUGGCUGUCAUGUCAAAGGUGUUGGCAAGAUUACAAGUAGCAUCACUAUAUCCCCCACUACCUCUGCAGCUUCACAUUCCUCAAAUAUUACAGUAAGUGGCCUUUCUGAUUAGGUGAAAAUGUAUAUAUUCUGAACAAACAGUAUUAUGUUCUUAGUCACUUUCCCAGACUAGACAACCCAAACAAUGCACUUCUUCUAAUUAGACCCCAGAGUGUGUUGUAUCUUUUAACAAUCAUCAAAUAAAUGAGGUAUUAGUCCUAGAGCCUUUGUAAAGCCUACUUGAUGUGUGACCCCACACUUCCUGACUUUAACAACCCUCUCUUGACUGUAUGGCAAGUGUGUCUAAUGCAUGUAUCAGAGCUAAAUGAGAAAUCAUCUCAAACAAAUGUGUGAUGUGCCUUUUCCAAUUUUCUGUCUCUGUCUCAUGUUCUUUCUGUUCAUUAAACGUGGUGUGUUGUAUUUA